AUGUCAUCUAAAUCCACUACUGAUGGAAUUCAAGCUGCUGCUGCUGGUGCUGCUGCUGAUGCCGUAGAAACACCUUCUGCCAAAGCUGCAGCUGCUGAUGAUAAAGCUGCUGCUGCUGAUGAUAAAGCUACUGCUGCUGAUGAUAAAGCUACUGCUGGAGAUGCUGCUGCUGGUGACGCCACAAAGGCUGAUGAAAAGACAACAACAGACAAAUUCGAUAAUGCAACUACAGCUGAACCUAAACCAACAACAGCUGCACCCAAGCCUACUACAACAGCUGAACCUGCACCAGCGAUCACUACACCUAAACCAGCUGCUACAACAACUGCUGCACCGAAGCCAUCUUCUACUGCUGCUGCCGUUGCCUCAUCUUCCAGCAAUGUUGUUGUAGCUCCUAUUACUUCAAGCGCAUUAGUUCCUACAUCUUCUUCGUUAGCAUAUCCCUCAUUACUGACUACUUCUGGUGUCAGCAGCAUCACAUCGGGCUUGCCCAGCGCAACAGCUUCCAGUACACCUAGCAACGACAGUUCAUCCAAUACAGGAUUGAUUGCUGGCAUUGCUGGCGGUGUGGGUGCCAUUGUUGUUUUAGGUGCUAUUGCAUUUUUCAUGAUUCGUCGUAGUCGCCGUAGAGCAAGAAGAAGUACCAGAGCGAGUCGCACUAUGGAUGAGCUUUUCUCUCCUAAUGGUACUGCACCUGGUUCCGGAGACGUCUAUCGCAGUAAUACAACCGCAACACGCGGUAUGGGUGCUGGCGUGGCUCAUGAAAACUGGGAUACGCAUCCAUCAGAAAGAGGAUUUCAGGUUGCAACAGACGACUAUCAUAAUCAGCAGCAAGUUGUUUCGCCCACCAUGGCUUAUGUAGCUGGUAAUGCUGCUGGUCAGUACUACGAGCCUCAUCAACAACAAUACCAAGAGCCUGUAUAUUCUCCUCAAGCGCAACAUCAAGAAGCUGCCUACUAUGAUCCUCAUCAAGUUCAACAGCAGCCUGUAUACUCGCCUCAAGCACAGCAUCAAGAAGCCGUCUACUACGAUCCUCAUCAACCUCAGCAGGUACCAGAGAUGUAUGAUCCCAAUUAUCCUCAACAAGGUCAAGAAGUCUAUCAUGAUCCUCACUACCAACAGCAUCAGCAAGAUGUAUACCAAGAUCCUAACUAUCAACAGCAUGGUCAAGAAAUGUAUCAUGAUCCGAAUUACCCUCAACAAGGACAACAACAACAACAACAACAACAACAACAAGGCUAUUAUCCAGAUCAGCAUGACCAAGCGUAUGAUGCUCAACAUCAGCAAUAUCAAUACCAAGAUCAAGCCUAUGUUGCUAAUGACUAUCAGCAACCACAACACAGUGGUGCUGUGGUAGCAAGCCAACAACACAGUGGUGCUGUGGUAGCAAGCCAACAACAACAGCAGCCAUACAGACUCUCACUAGAUUUGGGAGGUCAACAACCGGGCAAUUUUAUUGCAAACACUGACUACAGCAACACUUCACAACAGCAGCCUCAUCAGCCUCAACAACAACAACCUCAUCAUUAA